AUGCUUAUAAUUACAUCAUUUAAAUCAAAAAAAGCUUUUUCAUGUUUAGUAAAUAAUACAACUUCUCGAAAUACUUCAGCUGAUAAAAGUUCUGACAGUAGAACUAUUAAAUCAGCAACAAAAUCACCUGGAAACAAAACAAUUGGUAUCACUGGUCAAAAAUCUGGUUCUACACGUGGUACUUCAGCAAAAAUUGAUUUUAAUCAAGCUCAUUGGAAAAUGAGAAUAAUAUGUAAUAAUUCUAAUGACAUUAAAAUCAUUAAUAUGGAUAAUAAAAUAUUAGAAAUUAAAGCUUUAAAAAGAGCUUGGGAAGAAAUGGAACCUGGUAGAGCAAUAAGAGCUGAAUUAUCAAGAGCCCGUUAUCUUGAAGAAUAUGGUCUAAUGAAUAAAUUGGAUAAUAAAACUAUUGUAGAUGAUUCAGGAUCGACGAUCACAAUUAAAUCUGAUGAUAAUCUAAUACAAAUGAUAAAAGAUCAUUCUUCAUUUGAUCACACUUUAUUAUUAGAUCCAUCUAAAAUUUAUAUUUUAAAAUUCCCGCCAGAAUUAAAUCGUACACUUUAUCCAAUUCAAUUAAUGAAUUUAAACAAAUUUUAUCAUCAUUUUAAUGAGAUUGAAUGUAAACGUAUUGAACAAGUUCAAUCUAUUAUGAAUUCUUAUUCAAUGAAUCCAUGGUUUAUUCUAGAAUAUUCUUUAAAACAAAUUCAAUGUUUAUCUUAUAAACAUUUAAAUGACAUUUUAAAAUUCAAAUAUCAAUUAUUUAAUGAUUAUUUAAAAAAUUUAAAAUUUAAAUAUUUAAAUUUUAAAAAAAAACAAAAUCAAUAUAAACAAAAUUAUAUUGAUUUAUUGAAAACAAUUCAA